AUUGGUCAUUCGCCCAUGUCCGUAUGGCAGAUGAAUCGUUCACUGUAACUAGAUGGUCAACGAUCCAAAAACGUGAUUACUGAGUGUUGUUCAUGAGCGAAGCCCAUGAUCUCGUCGUUUGACAGAAUAUCAAAUGAAAAGUAUUCUCCCUUCGUUUAUGAAACUUACAGAAAGCGAAUCAUUGCACAGGCUGUCUGUAAUAUGCGUCACCGUAUAUUUAAGCAGUCGAAACUUCCAGGUUUCUUUAAUAGUGUUAACAAUGUUGGCUUAACAGAUAGUGUAGAAACCUUCUCAGCACACAGCAUUCAGUUGAGAGGCGGAGCACAGAUGCAGCAUGGCAUAAACGGAUAUCUACAGUUCUAUUUCUUCUGUACACGAGAUCAGAAGAAAAUAGCUUAUCAGUCUGCUGAAAUCAUAACAAUUGACGACACCUAUAAAUGUAAUAAAGAAGAAAUGUCACUCUAAC